AUGGAGUUACACAAGGUGAAUCCAAAAGGUACUCUCUUUGGGAGCAGAAGUGAGCGCAGGUUUAAUGGAAUGGUACCCCACUGGCCAAAGACACAUGGCUGUUCGGUUAAUGGGCAUGUGAGACGGGUGAAUUUGAAGAAUUCCAGGAGUGCCCUGGUGACGGGAGGCGCAGGAUAUUUUGGGUUCAGACUCAGCUGCACUCUUGCCCAAUCUGGCGUGUCUGUCAUUCUUGUGGACAUUCACAAACCAAGAUGGUGCCUUCCAGAAGGAGCUGUCUUCCUGCAGAGUGACAUUAGGGAUUAUGAUGCUCUGUAUCGGGCCUGUGAAGGGGUUGAUUGUGUUUACCAUGCUGCUUCCUAUGGAAUGUCAGGCACAGAACAACUUCACAAAGAGCAAAUUGAAUCUGUGAAUAUCGGCGGAACGAGAAAAGUUAUUGAUGUGUGCCUCCAUCGAAAUAUUCCAUGUUUAAUAUACACCAGCACUGUGAAUGUGGUCUUUGGGGGACAACAAAUACACCAGGGGGAUGAAGAUACUGUGCCAUAUGUACCUCUGGACAAGCAUGUUGAUCAUUACUCAAAGACCAAAGCUAUCGCUGAUCAGAUGGUGCUGGCGGCUGAUGGAACGUCUUUGAAAGGUGGCAAGAAGUUUCGAACCUGUGUACUCCGGCCUCCAGGCAUCUAUGGGCCUCAGGAACAGAGGCACUUGGCACGGGUGGCAGUGAACAUUGAAAGACGUCUGUUCAGUUUCACUUUUGGAAAUCCUGAUACCAAGAUGAACUGGGUCCACGUUGACAAUCUAGUGCAAGCUCACAUCCUUGCUGGAGAGGCACUCACAGCUGCUAAAGGUCACGUAGCGAGUGGCCAAGUUUACUACAUCAAUGACGGAGAAGCUGUAAAUGUAUUUGACUGGUUAUCUCCAUUGUUUGUGAAGUUGGGCUACAAACCGUGGUUUCAUGUGCCUGUCCACUUCAUUUACAUAGCAGCUAUAAUAAUGGAACACCUUCAUAUGGCUCUGAGACCGAUUAUAGAAAUCUCUCCAUUGCUCACAAGGAAUGAGGUUCGAAGCAUUGCAGUCACACAUACCUUCAAGAUAGACAAAGCAAGAAAGCAACUUGGAUAUUGUCCCAAGAAAUACAAUUUUGCUGACUCUGUUGAGUUUUACAUGAAAACAAGGCCCAAACAAGACAAUGCCCUCUCUCUCUUCUUGAAAGUCUUAUUUAUCAUGAGCAUUUUUUUCCUCCUAAUCUGUCUCUCCCCCAAGCCCCAAGCCCAGGGACCAUCACUCAUGCAAUUUUCCAAGCAUCAUUGA